AAUUUUUAUUUCCAUAAUUUUUGAGCCCGUCAAAUUUUCGAAAGAAUUGCGAAGGAACGCCUCUAGAACUGUUCUGCUCUUGCAUGAAUCUGUGAAGAAAAGUGUCCAAUCUGCGCUGCGAUUGGACAUAGAAUUUCCUUUUCAUCUUAUUAUGAUGUGUUAAUGGAUGCCCCAGCCGAAUCACCGCCGCCAUCGCCAUCAUCGUCGUCUUCGUCGGUAGAAAUUUCAAGGGGGUCCACGCCAUGGUACGGCGGACAUUGCGCGGCGGAGGUGGUGAUGAGCGAGGUUCACUUGGGCUGCCCCCCGGGCUUCUCUGGUCCCUACAUCACGCACUUCACUUUCGCCAUUCCACCUGGAGUUGAGCGUUUUGGGAGCAGAGACCUUGAUGUAGUUAGGGAUGAAGGUGCAUCAACAGAACAACCAAUCGGGUUGGACGAAGACGGCGAUCUCAUUCUAGCUAGACGCAGCGGAGUAUCUAAUCAGAUUUUUAGUGUGACCAUCCAGCAUAAUAUUACAUCAUCAAUUCCAUGUGUUGGUUUGCAGGUUUGGCGAGCAGAAUUGGUGUUAGCUGAUUUUGUGUUGCAUAAGAUGUUUACAUCAUCUGAGUUUGAUGGAAUUGUUUCAUUAGAACUGGGUGCUGGAACAGGUUUGGUUGGUAUGAUACUAGCACGUGUUGCUGAAACUGUGUUCCUAACAGAUCAUGGUGAUGAAAUUCUUGAAAACUGUGCAAAGAAUGUUAAGCUCAACUCUGGAAUCUUUGGCAACAAAUAUUCAGUUUAUGUGCGUGAGCUUGAUUGGAUGAAUUCAUGGCCCCCUAUAGUUAAUCUAGACAAUUCUUCUCCAUGUAAAAGGUAUUCUUGGACCUUGUCAGAAGUUGAGGAAGUCCAGAAAGCUUCUUUACUUGUGGCUGCUGAUGUAAUUUACAGUGAUGACCUGACAGAUGCGCUUUUCAGUACUUUGGAGAAACUAAUGUCAGAGGGCUUGGAUAAGGUGUUAUAUUUAGCUCUGGAAAAGCGCUACAAUUUCAGUCUCAAUGAUCUUGAUGUUGUUGCAAAUGGGUACUCAAAAUUUCAAAGUUAUCUGAGGGAGGAUGUUGGUAAGCCUGGAAGCUCAAGAAUAAUCUGGGGCUUCUGAAAAUGUUUCAUUAGCAUGCUUUGUGGGCAAGCGCAUCGAUGUUUCGCAGAUUCCUCAAUAUGUGAAAGAUUAUGAUAGAGGAUACGAUGUUGAAAUUUGGCAAAUUAAAUAUGACAAAAGACUCAAAUUUGUCGAAUGCUGUGACGGGCCACAGUGAUUUUUUUUUUUUUUUUUAAUGCAAGUUCUGUUUGUUUUGGAGCCAACAGUGAUAAUUUACAACCAGACAGCAUGCUCAUGGAAGAUCAAAAUUGGUCUUCAUUUUUAGUCAAUUUUGUUUUU